AAAGAACUGUUUUAUUUAAAUGUGAAUGAUUUGACCCCACGCCAAACGUAGGAAUGAAGAUUCACCCACAAUAUAAACUUGUGGAUAUCAAUCAUAGAAGAAAAUUGAGGAAAUAUGGCACCUAGGGGGGGUGGACGUUGUAGAUAUUCUGGAAAAAGGACAGCAGAUCCAGUGGCAACUCCUUUAAUGUCGAGUUUCGCACGUGAUCAAGCACCAUCAUUGCCUGAACUGCCAACACCAGUUACGCCAGAUUCAGUUGCAGUCAACAUAUCGGGACCAUCUCCAUCUGUGGGGAUCGAAAUACCAAGGAAUGACAUUGUAUCCACAACUUCAUCAAAUACAACUGAUGGUACCCGCAUCCCAAUUGAAAUCGUCAUGGGACGUUUGGAGCUAAGUAACAAUGUAUCUCGGGCGAUCGCAAAAAUCUUUAAGGAAAAUUGGAUCCUGAAGGACAUGAUUGGAAGUCAGUUACACCAGAGAUUAAGGACUUCUACUGGGAGGAGUUUAACAAGCGAUUCCAUUGGAAUAUUACAACUGAAGGUUCCAUAAAGGAUCAUUUUAUGAAAAAAUGUUCAAUAC